UCUUUACAUAUCGAUCUAGAUCUAGCAUCAAUUCGAGUCGAAUUAAGGGUUUCGUCGGGAGCGCCUCCAAUGAUGAAACGCAAGGAACGUGAGAAGGGCAGCUUGGAGGCGAUCCCUCUGAAGAUGGAGAUGGUGAUCCAUCACCAAAAAGAAGUCUUUUGCGACGAGUCAAAGGACAAUGGCGUUGGAAGCGGCGACAAGAGGCCAGGUAAGCAAAAGGUCCUCCUCUCUUACGAUAUGGAGGUGGAGACACUGAGGACUAGAUUGCCUGGAAAGUCUCUUAUGAAGUUCCUAUGCGUGUCCAAGAUUUGGUCUUCCUUUAUCCGAAGCCAAAGAUUCGUUGCUUCUUACUACGCUGCGAAGCCAUCCCGUUUUAUAGUCGCUUUCACCAACAGUGUAUUUAGUAAACCCGAGCGUCUCUUCAUCAUGUCGGGAGAGGAGGAGGAGGGAACUUCUUCUUUGGUUGCCAAUCUAGACAUGACAGUACCCUCAGUGACCUUGCCUCACGGCAGCGCCAAGUUUUCUUCCGUCCAUGGCUUUCUCGCUUGUUUUGAGUUGUCAAAGUUCAUUAUAUGUAACCCUAGCACGGGGCAAGUCAUUACCUUUCACUGCAAGGCUCCGGGCACAUCCUUGGGAUACGAUCCUGUAGAUGAUCAAUUCAAAGCAUUGACCCAGGUGACAUCUAUCUAUGUUCAUAACCCUAGUUCCAUGGUGCACGAGGUUAUAACACUUGGAAGAGGAGGAGUAGUAUCUCGUACCCAAGUUACCUCCCCGCCUCAUCACCCUCUAACUAUGGGACGAUGCAUCAAUGGUUUCAUUUAUUAUGCUGCUUGGGCUCCAGUUUAUGGAGCAACUCCUGUGUUUGUGUGUUUUGAUGUUAGACAUGAGAGGAUACUAAGUUUUAUCACAACGCCUAAGGAGGUCCUGCUUCGGGGGGCUUUUACCCUAUUGAUAGAAUACAAAGGGAAGCUAGCUGUCGUUGUACCAGACUGUUUUAGAUUUGGUCUUUCUUUCAACCGUUUUUUUCUUUGGAUACUGGAGGAUGCGACGAAACAUGAGUGGUCCAAACAAACAUUUGAGCUUCCCUUGUCUCUUCCCUUCUCUCCUGCGGCGGGUGAGCGUAUGAUUUCCCAAGGAACCAACAAGGCUGGUGACAUCGUUUUCUCCCCAACAACUCUGACAGGCCGUGCCCAGCCCUUCUAUGUUUUCUACUUCAACCCAGACACGAAAAACAUUAGAAGAGUCAGGAUCCACGGAGUCGCUGAUACUGAAGAGUUCUGGAGCCGUUAUGGACUCACUGACGUUUGUCGCGCCUCUUUCUCACCCCAACACGCUGAUAGUAUUGCUUCUUUAUAAAUGU